AUGGAAUACCUUUCACAAUGGGCCGUCAAGGAGAUUAAUUUGGAUCUAGAGAAGGCCGAUGAAACGAGACUUCUUCAAUUGAACGAGCUAGAUGAGAUUCGGCUCGAUGCUUACAAAAAUCAUAGGCUCUACAAGGAACAAACGAAGAAGUUUCACGAUAAGAUGAUCCAAAAACGAGAGUUCAAUAAUGGUGACAAGGUGUUGCUUUAUAACUCAAGACUUCGACUUUUUCCUGGAAAACUUAAGUCUAGAUGGUCCGGGCCUUUCACAGUCACCGAUGUCAAAGCAUAUGGAGCCAUAGAGGUUGCUAGCGAAAACGACACGAAAUUAAGGUAA